AUGACUAGCGUCGCUCCUGCUACUUCAACAGCGUCCAUGUCUUCAUCCAAUGAAAGCACGUCACCACCUAUUAAACGUCAAAAACUUACUGAAGAAGGCGCAUCCGUUGCAAUUCUCGAGUCAAAAGACGGCAUCUUGGACGCAUCGUCAGUAACAAAAGAAAACGUUGACGAGAAGACACAAAAGAACGUCUCGGGAAGCUAUUCGAACGUGGCACUGAGUCUACAGAAGGAUCCGUCAUGGAUGCUUGGUGAUGUCGACAACUUUGGCGGAUUAGUUCCCAUUCCGUCCAUGAACACAGUACUGGAGAAACGUCCUUCGAGUCAGUUCUCGAUCGGCUCUUUGUUACCUUCUUCUGUGUCUGUAUCAGGUACGGAGGAACAAAGCACAAGUGCAUUAGGUACAGAGGAAGUGGUGAUGGACACUGGUGAGGCUACUACAGAUCAUGAAGGUCAAGGUCCUGCACUUGCAACGUCUACGACUGCUGUAGUCCCGACAAUGGCAGAAGGCUCUGGAGGGAAUACCAAGUACAUGGACCCUGAAACGGGUGAUUACAUGUACCCGGAGAACGUCAAGCCUAUGAGUUUUUACGACAAGCAGCGACUCGUGCAGAAGAUUACGAUGCUGCCUAGCCAGUAUCUCCGUGGACUUAUGGAUGUGAUCAGCAAGUAUCAGCCGGAUACAGUUCGUCAGAUUGAUGAUGAUGGCUACGCAUUUGAUCUUGGUCAAAUGAAUGAGAAUACUGUGUGGGCUAUUAGUGACUACGUCAAGGACUCGAUGAUUGAGUUGGAUGGAUAUAUUAAAUCUCUUAAUCAAACGGGUAUUACUUUAUCUACAGAAGAAGAGCGGCAAGUUGGGGGCACUAUUCUGACAGCAACGAGUGCAGGGACGACUAGUAAUGUGGCACGUCAUACUUCUGAUAGUUUGGCACUAACCCCGACCAAGAUGUUGGCUAUCACACAUAACGAGAACCAAAACAAGUUCUUGGAGCAGGUGGAGAUGUACUCGAAGCCAAAGGUGACGAAGUCACGCGUAAAACCCAGCAAGAAGCACGAAUGUCCGACGUGUACCAAGCAGUUUCGCGGACGCUCGGAGUUGCAGAAUCAUAUUCGAACCCACACGGGCGAGAAGCCACUUAAAUGUUCGUACGCAGGUUGCACGAAGCGCUACGCACACAGCUCGAACCUGCGUGCCCAUGAGCGUACACACGCUGGUAUCAAGCCCUACACCUGUCACUAUGACGGCUGUGGCAAGAGCUUUGCCCACUCAGUGUCGCUCAAGGAACAUAUUUGGAUGCACGCAGGGUUUCAGCCGUACGUUUGUCCGUACGAAGGCUGUCAGAAGAAGUUUACACAAGUUUCAAAUUUUGCACGACACAAGAAGACACAUGAGAAAGAGGACGGGCGCAGUGAGAAUGAGCAUUUUGUGGAAAGCGACAAUUAG